CCAUCACCGGCUGCAUCAGUUCACGAGCACUCGAGAACAUCGGCAGCAGUUUUAUGUGAGCGAGAGUAGGGUUGCCAGAUCUUCACUCUCCCGCCGCAAAGCAGCCAACGUCACAGCGAUUUAAGCAAACACUUCAUUAUGCUCAACGGUGGGACCCAAUGAACUAGAGCAGCGGCUUCCGUUGUCGACUGGGUUUCUAGCCGUCCACUUGUGCAUCGAUGUUGGCUCCUCGAUGUGAUUCAACGCUGCAUCCCGAGCCCGCACUGCUGUUGUCGAUGGUGGGUAGGUGUCUGCUUGGCUCCCCCGACUUGACAAGAGAGGGCAAGCGAGAACUGGAACCCCGCAAUUGCCUGAAGUAUGGUGCAAACAAUCCCCAAUCUGGCCUCGGACUUCGCCGGUCAGGCUCUCAUUCGCCCUUUCCUUCCAGGGGAAGUACCCCUCGAACGCCGUGACCAUGGAGGCGAUCUUGGCUUACCGAUAGCCUGGCUCCCCGGCUCGGCGACCUCCCGGUACCGACUUAAACUCACAUGCCCGAGGCCAUUCGUGGUGGCAGUGCCCCUCACCGCUGUCGCGACACGGAAGCACUAGCGGACAACGACUCUCGCAAUCUACACUCCUCGUCGAACAAGCAGUCCAACCAGAUCGCGGAUCGGGGAAACAUCCACUGUCCUAUUCAUGGAAGCAUCGGCGCCACCCAAACCACCUCGAACAGUCGCUACUAUCCUCCAGAUCUAAAAAGCCUUUGAGGUACUACCCUGCCG